GUAAGAUGACGUUUGUCUUACGAGGCACUUACAAAGCCAUUUCAAAAGACCUUGGUAUUUUCAUUACUUCGUUUCUAGGUUGGGCAGGCUGGCUUAAAGCCUUAUUACUACCUUUUUUAUAUUGGUUGCAUAAAAGUAAAGCUCUGGUGAGGCUUAGAUGCAAAUUUUGUGCAGAACAGCAGUAUAAAAGUUCCGAUACUGUUUUGUAUGUAUGAUCCAAAGAAAUCCUCCAUUAACUCACACAAGUACACUUAUAUGUUAUGUGUAUAAAGUGAUACAAAGUGACGAGCAUUUUUUGAAGUACUGAGGUAUGAUGAAACAACAGUCACUGUUGUUAUAUACAUUCAUACACAUGGAAUUCACAUAGUUUCUAUAUAUAUCCACUGAACUGCAGUCUUGCAGACAAGCUUUGACAAUGCAUUUUUAUCUUUAUGGGGCUUUGCUAGCAUUUCUGAUGGGGUGGUGCGUUGUUUCGUUGAGAACAAGAUUAGAGCCCUGCAUUGCCAUUUAAAAUAGUAUCCAGUACAACAAUGAGACAAGUGGAUUUACUUUGUGAUGUGCUGUGUUUGAAGUGAUUAUUUUUGGUUUUCGAAACGUUUACCUUGUAAGUUAUCCCGUGAUUUACCGCUUUAAGAUAGCAACUAAGCAGCAAGAGCUCAGGAGCUGUCAGUUUCAUAUACUUGCAUUAUUGCUGUUGGGUGUCGAACUUAGGCGAAAGCUUCUGUGCUGUUCGCAACAACUUAAAUAAGUGCUGAUUAUCUAGUUUAGGCUUGGAAGCCGAUUAAAGCAGUGCUACAAAUAUGCGCAUUUACUGUUGACAUUGUACCAUUUGACCAGGUAGUGAAGUAAAAGUUCCAUGUUUGUGAGGACUAUAAUGGAUGAGGCGAGGAAGUCAAGGAUAAAUAUGGCUUCUUGACUACUCUGAGAUGUGGUUAAAUGCAAAAGAUGUUUAAAUAUGAAGGAAAGAAGGAUUUGUAAGUUCAGAUCAGGCUAUUACAUUUUGAGUUGAAAGAUGUGGAAAUAUUAGUUGUACCAGAAGUAUUAUUGAAACAUUUAGUUUUCUUAGUCAUUUUCAGCCUAUUCUGAGAACACCUAAUCAAAUUACAUUGGUGAAUCUUAUUAUCAGCCCCUCACUAUCAGCGUGUCGUUGAAUCACUAUUCAGUUGUCCAAGUUGUUAUCCUUGAAAUCAGCACACCAAGGUAGGAGUUGGAAAGAGGUACGUCAAGAAAUAGAAAUUUAGUUAUAACAUGUAGGAAGCCAGGACAAAAAAAGAGGGCUUGAAGAAAGCGGUGGACGGUGCUAAAACUACUAGGAUGAAAAGGUUUAGAUGCAUCUGUGCACCUGCGAUAGGUUCUGAACUACAUGGAUUAGUCUCCUGUCAUCGGUUUAAAUUGUGUCCCAUUGGUUUUGUGAGCUGACUUUCAACUAACGGGUCAAGGAUUCGCACACCGCCCCACCUACAAAGGUUUAAGUAGAUGGUUAGCAACACUAACCCUCACAGGCGUUGCUUGUUGUUCACUGUACGAAUGGGCAUGAGGCUGCCGAGUAUUUGUUGGCUCAAUUUGAAUCGUCUUAUCAUUCCCCAUGCUGCCUGGAUAAUUUACCAGGCUUUGUGGGUCGACAUCCUUUCUUGGUUUAUCCAAUACGAAUUUUUCUGCGUAAACAUACUUUGGCAAACAUUUUGCACUGGUGCCUGCACUUCAUAUAUAGCUGUUCUAUCACAUGUGUGCAGUCCUAGGAGGUAAAAACAGUCGAAUACCUGGAUCUUUAAAUUCCUUAGAAGUUGUGCAUGCAUUUUUGGAGUUUAAAUAAUUAUCUACUGUGUUAUGCGAGUGCUUUGAUGUUCUCAAUGAGAAUGAGUGACACAGCGUGGCAAAGCUUUUUAUGUGCUGAGCUGUGAGCCACACUAAUAUGGGUGGAUCUGUAACUCAGUGGUUUAGGUACUCAACUUUGAACCAGUGGACCAAGGAUCCAAACACCAAUCCACCUACCGAGAAACUAAAUAGCACCAUAAACCCUCAGUUAUAGCUCACUGUCAAUCGCACGUUGUUGCUGAAGGCAUUUCGAAAGUUAUCCAGGUUUCAUUUGCUUACUAAGCGAUAUUCAUUCACCUCCUAUUGACUUAAAUCAUUUCUGUCUCUGUUAAACACAUUUUAGAUGGAUGUAGCGAAGUUCUUCCGCAUUAGCAACGAAAAGCAGGCAAUCUUGUUACAGCUGGUUGCAGUGGGUAUUGCUGCUGUUUUAGCCUUUGCCAUCCGACUUUAUUCUGUCAUUCGUUUUGAGUCAGUUAUUCAUGAAUUUGACCCCUAUUUUAAUUAUCGUACUACACGAUUCAUGACUGAAGAAGGGUUUUACCAGUUUCAUGACUGGUUCGACGACAUGGCGUGGUACCCUCUCGGAAGAAUUAUUGGAGGAACGAUUUAUCCUGGUCUUAUGGUCACAUCGUCAUUCAUUUAUUCACUGCUUCAUGCUAUACACGUUACUAUUGACGUACGAAAUGUCUGCGUGUUCUUGGCGCCCUUAUUCUCCAGUUUUACGACCCUAGUGACUUUCAUGCUGACAAGUGAGCUUCAGGAUAGUGGGGCUGGUUUGCUAGCCGCUGCCAUGGUCGCCAUCGUACCAGGCUACAUUAGUCGAUCAGUUGCAGGUUCCUAUGAUAAUGAAGGGAUCGCCAUAUUUUGCAUGCUGUUUACGUUUUAUCUUUGGAUAAAAGCUGUGAAGACGGGAUACAUGUUUUGGGCUUGUGCUUGCAGUCUUGCGUACUUCUACAUGGUUUCUUCUUGGGGAGGAUAUGUAUUUCUAAUCAACAUAAUACCUAUUCAUGUAUUGAUUCUAAUGCUUACUGGAAGAUUUUCCAGUCGUCUGUAUACUGCCUAUUCUACGGUUUACGUUCUAGGUACCAUACUGUCAAUGCAGAUUAGCUUUGUCGGUUUCGCCCCUGUAGUCUCCAGUGAACAUAUUGGGGCUCUUGGAGUUUUCGGACUAUGUCAGCUGUUUGCCUUUUACGCUUACCUUCGUCAAGCACUGUCUCCUGAGCAGCUGUCAGCAGUUUUACGUGUUUUUGGCUUGUCAGUAUUUAGUAUUGCAUUGAUUGCUGGUUCAGUUUUGUCCGCUACAGGAAAAAUUUCACCUUGGACUGGUCGAUUCUAUUCUUUACUGGAUCCAACCUAUGCGAAAAAUCAUAUUCCAAUUAUUGCAUCAGUAGCGGAACAUCAACCAACUGCAUGGAGCUGUUAUUAUUUCGAUCUUCAAUUGUUAACAAUAAUGUUUCCUGUGGGAUUAUACUAUUGCUUCCGCAAAUUAACAGAUGCCAGCAUUUUCGCGAUCAUAUAUGGUGUUACUAGCGUAUACUUCUCGGGUGUUAUGGUGCGACUUAUCCUUGUACUUGCACCAAUUAUGUGUAUUUUGGGUGCAAUUGGAAUUUCUGGAAUUUUGAAAACAUUUUCUGCCAAUCUUAAUUCACCCGACAGUACUAUUACAAAAAUGUCAAGCAAACAUAAUGCUGCUAACGGUUAUCCAUCAACCGUUAGUACCAGUAGACUGUAUAAAAACGCAGUUCAAGAUUCAACGUAUCCGUUUAAAAAUAUGGUUGCUACAUUUAUGGUUCUACUUUUGUUAAUUCUGCUGAUACGAUUUGGACAACAUUGUAUAUGGGUCACAUCAUCGUCGUAUUCGCAUCCUUCUAUUGUGUUAGAGACUUCAGAUAGUUUUGGGAAUCGUCAUAUUCUAGACGAUUAUAGAGAGGCAUACUACUGGCUUAGACAGAAUACGAAACCAGAUGCUAAAAUUAUGUCUUGGUGGGAUUACGGCUAUCAGAUUACCGCUAUCGCUAAUCGUACUGUUCUUGUGGACAACAAUACUUGGAAUAAUACUCACAUUGGUCGUGUAGGUCAAGCAAUGGCAUCAUCUGAAGAAGAAGCUUAUGAAAUUAUGAAAGAAUUGGAUGUUGACUAUGUACUUGUCAUUUUUGGUGGAGUAUUAGGUUACAGUUCUGAUGAUGUGAAUAAGUUUAUCUGGAUGGUUCGAAUAGCUGGUAGUACAGAGAAAGGACGUCAUGUAAAUGAACGUGACUACUAUACACCACAGGGAGAAAUGCGUGUAGAUACUGAAGCUACUUCAACAAUGAAGAACUGUUUACUGUAUAAGCUAAGUUAUUAUCGUUUUUGGGAAAUGAAAACUGCUAGAGAUCAACCAAUGGGAUUUGAUCGAGUGCGUGGACAAGUCAUUGGACAUCGAAACUUUGAGCUACAAGGUUUAGAAGAGGCAUUCACUUCAGCGAACUGGCUUGUACGAAUAUACCGAGUCAAACCAUAUGCCAACCGAGGGAUGCAUUAAAUUUUGUAGCUUAUUAUUUUUUUGUUUAUGAAAAUAAAUAUGUACGUUUAUAGACAAUUUGGUUUUUUCCAUACUUCACCCGUAGAUACAAAAUUUAUUUUAUCCUUCAGUAUUUUUACAACCGAAGGAUGCGACUCCCAAUUAGAACAAUUUGCUGACCUUGCUAUUCAGUGCAUAUACACAUUUGACUUUAAAAAGUGAACAACAAGCGAAUAUGGUAUGAGGGUAGAACAAAGUGUUAAGCUGAGAUAUGAAGUAACGUCAAUAGACGAUAAGAAUGUCAGAGGGAUAUAAAUCUUAGUGUGUAACAAGAUGAAUACUAACAGAAACA